AUGCUACAGGUACUACAAGAAGAAUCUCUUAAUAUCAAACCAGAGAAAGCAGAAACAAACACUGGAAACUUGGGCCUGAAAGGAAAAAGGAAUUCAACACUGUUAGAAGUAUCAGGUUAUCAGAUACUCCAAGAAGGACUCAGGAGAACAGCGCAAGGCAGCCGGCAGAGCAGCGCAGGGCGCCGGGCUGGGCGCAGCCUGCCCGGCAGCUCCGCCGCCGCUCGCGGGGCCCUGCCCGGUCCAGCCCGGCCCCGCGGCGCCCCCCGCCCGUUCGCCAAGCGGAGAUGCGGGCCGGCCGAGCCCGGCAUCCCUGCUCCAGCCUUCCCGCCGCCCGCCCCGGCCAGGCCAGGCCGGCCUCGCUCCGCAGCUCCCCCUGAGCGGCCCGUGCCGGAGGCCCCGUCCGGCGAGGCAGCCAGAGGUGGCGGCGUCUCCCUCCCUCCCUCCCUCCCCCCCCCGCCACCUACCGCACGGUCCCGGGCCCCCGGCGCCGCUGCCGCCCUGGCACGGACCCGCGCAGGGUCCCGGCGCAUCCCCCUCCCGCCCGGCUCCGCGGGCCCAGACGCGCAGCUGAGGGGCGGCCCGAGCGCUCCAGGGAACCCGCCGCCUGCCCCGCCCCGCGCCCCCGCUAUUGGGCAGCGCGGCCGCCCGUCCUACCGCGCCCGGCUGUCAUUGGGCAGCGGCCACGUCGCUCAAACCAAUCCCCGCCUCCCCCCCCCCCCCAAGCCGCCCGGUGGCGGUGACGCCCAGCAGGGUCCGCCCGCCCCCCCAGCCCGGCGGCCGUUCCGCUUUCAGCCCGCCCCCCCUCCCUUCUCUUCGCCGCCAAUUGGCGCAGGGACCUGCCUGUCACACCGGCCCCGCCCCUGCCCCGGGGAGCUGUCCGUCAGGCGCGGCCCCACCCCCCUUCCCGCUCUCAUUGGGCGGCAGUGCCGCCACUCAACGCCUCGGCCCCACCCCCGCAGGCGGGAGGGCGAGCUAUUGGCUGCAGCCGAGCGCUCGGCCCCGCCCCCGGCUCGGCGGCGCGCGCCCUCUGGGGUGGCGCGCUGUUGCUGCUGCCGCCGCUCGGGCGCGUGCCUCCCCCCCCCGCCUCCAGCCGCGGCUGUUGCCUCGCGCGCGCCCGCCCAGUCCCGCCGUCUCGCGCUGCCCUCGCCGCUGUUGUCUGCGGCGCGCGCCGGCCCGCGCGGCACCGGCGGUAAGGACCGAGCCCGGGGGGGCGGGGGGGGGAGCGGGGGGUCCCUGCCCGGGGGUCCCUGCCCGGGGUCCCUGCCCGGGGGAGCCGAGCGCGGGGCUCCCGCGCGGCUGGGGACGGGGCCGAGCGGCGCGGCGGCGGGGGAAGCGCGGCCGGAGCGGCUUCGGCUUCGGAGCCGGGGCGGAGGCGGGGGUGCCCGCUGGGUGUGGGGGGGGGGGGCGGGACGCGCAUCCCCGGCGGGGCGCGGCGGCACCGUCUGCCGCGGCUCCCCUCCUGCCUGCCCGGGCGGCCGCCGCGGGUCCGCCGCCGGGCCGGGGGCCGCCCGCCCCCCCGGGGGCAGCCGGGCCGGGGGCAGGGCGGCAGGCCCGCGGCCUCCGCCGCGCCGAGGUGCCCCCGAGGCGGGAGGGACCGUGGGUGUCGGCGCCGCCCCCCGGGCUUUUCCCGCCGGCGCGGUGGGUCCCGCGGCGGCUGCCGAGGGGCCCUGCGUGUCGCCGCAUCAGGUACGAGCUGCUCCGGCCGGUGGACGCGCCGUCCUGAUGAGCCUCGGUCACCGCGCGCCUUGGCCUCCGCCUGCGGGGUUUCUUGCGGGCGGGAGGUUCAGUUACGCGUUCAGGACUUGA